AUGGAGGGAAUUUUUGCGAUCAACAAGCCUUCUGGCAUGACCUCAAGGUUGUGUCUUGACAAAGUGAACAGGAUUCUCUCUCAGGCAGAAUGUUUUAAGCCUACCUUAAAAGCACUGGCAGAGAAAAGAAAUGCGGGACGAAAAUCUCGUAGAAACAGAAGAUCUAACAAGUUAAAAAUGGGGCAUGGAGGAACUUUGGAUCCGUUGGCUUCUGGUGUUUUAAUACUAGGUGUGGGCUCGGGAACAAAACGGUUAGGAGGGCUCACAAAUCAUUCCACUAAAAUAUAUGAGGCAGAGGCUUUACUUGGCGGUGAAACGACGACAGGAGACUCGGAUGGUGAGCUAUCGUUAAUUACUGAAAAUGACUUUAUUACGAAAGAGCUACUUGAAAGUACUGCUCAGAAAUUUAUUGGCACUGUAACACAGACACCACCUAUAUUUAGUGCUCUCAAAAUGAACGGAAUACCUUUAUAUGAAUAUGCUAGAAAGAAUAUUCCUUUACCUCGUAAAAUCAAAUCAAGGGAGGUUCAGAUUCACUCACUCGAUUUGUGUGAUGAUUGUUUAACCAAAGAUCACAAGUAUCCAUUUCUUCAAAGCAAGCUUUGCGAUGAUGGCACUACACUCGUCACACUGUUGCAGAAUAAUAAGCCAUUACAGGAACACGUUGUUUCCUUUUCGAAAGAGUACCUCGAAAGGGCUGAAAGGGAUUCAUCAUUAUCCACCGAAGCCGUUUCAUUGAAAAAAGCCAAUGACCUCCAACAAUACAAUACUGAGGGUUACAAAGCCCCUCUUCUGCAUUUUAUCGCUACAGUCUCAUCUGGAACUUAUAUCAGAUCCCUUAUAACUGAUCUUGGCAGGGCUUUAGGAUCAUCUGCCUAUAUGGUCAGUCUUAUUAGAAGGAGACAAGAUGAUUGGUUGCUCGAUCAAAAUACUUUUGAGCUUUCUGAUUUUGAGAAUUAUGAGGAAGAUGUCUGGGGACCAGUCCUUAAAAGGGUCUUCGAAGAGGGUCCGAAAGUUAAUAUUCGGGAGGCAAUGGCAGAAGCAAUCGCCAACAGGAAAAUUAAAAAGGUUGAGGAGCCUUUGGGGAAGGAAGUGGUGGAUAACGAGGAAAUCACACCAAGUGACAACAUAACUGUCGUCCCUAGAACAUCCAAGAAAGAGUAG